GAAGUGGGCGGGGCGAGGCCAGGGUAGGGUGAGCGGCCUCCGAAGCGGAGCGGGGCUCUGAGGAGACACUUUUUUUUUCCUCCCUCCUUCCCUCCUCUCCUCCUCCCUUCCCUUCCCCUCUCCUCCCCUCUCUCCUCCUUCCCCCCUCGGUCCGCCGGAGCCUGCUGGGGCGAGCGGUUGGUGUAGCAGGCGCUCACUCUCCGGGGCCGCCCGGCGGGUAGCUGGCGGGGGGAGGAGGCAGGAACCGCGAUGGCGCCUCAGAAGCACGGCGGUGGGGGAGGGGGCGGCUCGGGGCCCAGCGCGGGGUCCGGGGGAGGCGGCUUCGGGGGUUCGGCGGCGGCGGCGGUAGCGGCGGCGGCGGCUUCGGGCGGCAAAUCCGGCGGCGGGGGCUGUGGAGGCGGUGGCAGUUACUCGGCCUCCUCCUCCUCGGCGGCGGCGGCGGCGGCGGCCGCGGUGUUACCGGUGAAGAAGCCGAAAAUGGAGCACGUCCAGGCUGACCACGAGCUUUUCCUCCAGGCCUUUGAGAAACCAACACAGAUAUAUAGAUUUCUUCGAACUCGAAAUCUUAUAGCACCAAUAUUUUUGCACAGAACUCUUACUUACAUGUCUCAUCGAAACUCCAGAACAAACAUCAAAAGGAAAACAUUUAAAGUUGAUGAUAUGUUAUCAAAAGUAGAGAAAAUGAAAGGAGAGCAAGAAUCUCAUAGCUUGUCUGCUCAUUUACAACUUACAUUUACCGGUUUCUUCCACAAAAAUGAUAAGCCAUCACAAAACUCAGAAAAUGAACAAAAUUCUGUUACCCUGGAAGUCCUGCUUGUGAAAGUUUGCCACAAAAAAAGAAAGGAUGUAAGUUGUCCAAUAAGACAAGUUCCUACUGGUAAAAAGCAGGUGCCUUUGAAUCCUGACCUCAAUCAAACAAAACCAGGAAAUUUCCCAUCUCUGGCAGUUUCCAGUAAUGAAUUUGAACCUAGUAACAGCCAUAUGGUGAAGUCUUACUCAUUACUGUUUAGAGUAACUCGUCCUGGAAGAAGAGAAUUUAAUGGAAUGAUUAAUGGAGAAACUAAUGAAAAUAUUGAUGUAAGUGAAGAACUUCCAGCCAGAAGAAAACGAAAUCGUGAAGAUGGGGAAAAGACAUUUGUUGCACAAAUGACAGUGUUUGACAAAAACAGGCGUUUACAGCUUUUAGAUGGGGAAUAUGAAGUAGCCAUGCAGGAAAUGGAAGAAUGUCCAAUAAGUAAGAAAAGAGCAACGUGGGAGACGAUUCUCGAUGGGAAGUUUUUCUUUUUUCUAGACUUUUGUGUAGCCCUGGCUGCCCUUGAAUGCAGAGAUCUACCUACCUCUGGUUCCCAAGUGCUGGGAUUAAAGAGACUGCCUCCAUUUGAAACAUUUUCUCAGGGACCUACAUUGCAAUUUACUCUUCGAUGGACGGGGGAAACCAAUGAUAAGUCUACAGCUCCUGUUGCCAAACCCCUUGCCACUAGAAAUUCAGAGAGUCUUCAUCAGGAAAAUAAGCCUGGUUCUGUUAAACCUGCACAAACUAUUGCUGUUAAGGAGACAUUGACUGCAGACCUGCAAACAAGAAAAGAAAAGGAUACUUCAAAUGAAAGUCGCCAGAAGUUAAGAAUAUUUUAUCAGUUCCUUUAUAACAAUAAUACAAGACAACAGACAGAAGCCAGAGAUGACCUGCACUGCCCGUGGUGCACUCUCAACUGCCGUAAGCUGUAUAGCUUACUCAAGCAUCUGAAACUCUGCCACAGCAGGUUUAUCUUCAAUUACGUAUAUCAUCCAAAAGGUGCUAGGAUAGAUGUUUCUAUCAAUGAGUGUUAUGAUGGCUCCUAUGCAGGAAAUCCUCAGGAUAUACAUCGUCAACCUGGAUUUGCUUUUAGUCGAAAUGGACCAGUAAAGAGAACACCUAUCACACACAUUCUUGUGUGCAGGCCAAAACGAACGAAAGCGAGCAUGUCGGAGUUUCUUGAAUCUGAAGAUGGAGAAGUGGAACAGCAAAGAACGUACAGCAGUGGCCACAAUCGUCUCUAUUUCCACAGUGAUACCUGCUUACCUCUUCGGCCACAAGAAAUGGAAGUAGAUAGUGAAGAUGAGAAAGAUCCAGAAUGGCUGAGAGAAAAAACCAUUACUCAAAUUGAAGAAUUUUCUGAUGUGAAUGAAGGAGAGAAAGAAGUAAUGAAACUGUGGAAUCUCCAUGUCAUGAAGCAUGGAUUUAUUGCUGACAAUCAAAUGAAUCAUGCCUGUAUGCUGUUUGUAGAAAAUUAUGGACAGAAAAUAAUUAAGAAGAAUUUAUGUCGAAACUUCAUGCUUCAUCUAGUCAGCAUGCAUGACUUUAAUCUUAUUAGCAUAAUGUCAAUAGAUAAAGCUGUUACCAAGCUCCGAGAAAUGCAGCAAAAACUAGAAAAAGGAGAAUCUGCCCCUGCAAAUGAAGAAAUAGCUGAGGAACAAAAUGGGACAGCAAAUGGAUUCAGUGAAACUAACUCAAAAGAGAAAGCUUUGGAAACAGACGGUGUCUCAGGGGUUCCAAAACAGAGCAAGAAACAAAAACUCUGAGAACUAGCUCUCUGUUGUGUUGUGGACAGACACUGAAGUUGCUUCUAGGGAAUUCAGCCUCUAGGAAGAGUUUUGGUUUUAGGUUGUUGGUUUUUAAUCAUGUAUUUGGAACAGGCAUUGUUAGAUGAUGCCAUUGAGUUUGGCACAGAGGUUCUGUGGGUUGCUUCGCUUCUCCUCUUGUGCUUAUCAGCUUUAGUGACAUCCUCACAAUUUGGUUUUAGCCUGAAAAGCAGUUUUUCAAAUAGUUAAUUUUUUUCUUAGCGCUAACAGUGUUUUAAAUAUGUUGGGUUAACCUAGAAAUUUCACACCUAAAUUUUAAUGCUUGUUUCUUUUGUGACUGUUUUUCUGUGUUGUAAUUAUGAGACAUUUUCUGGGAAAGGAAGGUUGGGAUGUUAUACUGUUUUAGAGAUUGAGAGUUUUUGUGAAAUUGUUACAUUGCCACCUUGCCCCAAACAUUGACCCUUGAUUGAGAAAUCAUUUAUGCAUUUGGGAUGAGAGGUUACAAUGCAAGUUCUGCAUCAGUUGUGUUCCAAGUCUAAAACAGCACCAGUUGGUCUCCUCCUGUUGGAGGCCAUGUGACCUCUCCCUGCAUCCAGUGCCAUGCGCACUGAUGGGCGUUACUGUUUGUUUUCAAGUGACUGGUCUGAGUGCUUGUUUUCCCAAUUUAGCUUUUUACUUGAACAUGUUUUUAGUUUUUCCUUUUUAAUUAGGUAAUCCCUCGGAAAAUUGUUCUGUGCACAUCUUUUGCACUAGGAUGGAGAUUUAAAAUAUGCUACUUUGUGGUAGAGGGUGUACCUGAGUAUGAACCAGAAGAUGUCACUACUUGUUUCCUUUGUGAUGUCUUUUUUGAUUCGAAUAUCCAUACAGAUAAGCUGACUUGAAUUGUUUUGAGCAAUUUUCCCUGUGUUCUGUGUUUUAUGCACAUAUUCACGGUUGGGUUUUCUCCAACAGAAAGUGGUUUCACUACUGGCAUAUUAAUAAGCACGGAUAGGUUUUUAUUCCAACUCAAGCACUGUGGUUGAAUAACAUCACCUCAAUUUUUUAUUAUCCUUUAAAGAUAUUGCAUUUUCAUAUUCUUUAUUUAUAAAGGAUCAAUGCUGCUGUAAAUACUGGUAUUUUUAAUGUUUUAAUUUCAUUCCACCACCAUCAGAUGCAGUUCCCUACUUUGUUUAGUAAAGGGACACAAGCUUUCUCAUGGUGUCUUCAGAGAUUUAUAAAUGUAAAUACUAAUUUGGCUGGUCUUUACAAUGUGUUUAACUGUGAGGCUAUUUAAAUAGUGUGGAUGUGACUUGUCAUCCAGUAUUAAGUUCUUAGUUACUGGUUUUUGUGUUAAAAAUAAGAAAGAGGGAAGCUGCAGUUUUCACUGCAGGCUCCCUGGCUGGUAAGCUCUCCUCAUGAGUUCACUGAACUCUCAUUUUGCCUCUGGGUAGUGGGUUCUGAGCAUUUCUCCUGGGCUUUAAUCUGCUAAAGCUGUGCACAUAUGUAAAAAAAAAAAAAAUAGAUUAUUUUAGGGAAGAUGUAGGUGUAGAAUUAUUGCUUCUGUCAUUUUUAAAGCAGUUAUGCUCUUAAUGCUUAAAGAAGGCUAGCAUUGUUUGCACAGAAACAUUGGUGAUUUCCCUCCCCUGAAUAGUAAUGAAAUUACUUCUGUUGAGUAAACUUUUUAUGUCAUCUUAUAAUAAAAGCUGAAAAUGCCUUUUGUUUCUAUUUAUAAAAAAAAGCUUUUCUAUAUGUACCCUGAGAACAGAUUUUGAAGAAAUCAUGUAAGAUGAUAAAGCAUUUGAAUGGUACAAUAGAUGUAAAAAAAUUCAGUUUAAGAGAAACGUUUGUUUUUACAUUAAAUGUUUAUUUGAAAUCAAAUGAUUUUGUACAUAAAGUUCAAUAAUAUAAAGCUGUA